AUGAUCGAGGAGCAAGCUGCCAAGGAGGAUGUUCUGGUACCGAUUCGACUUGAGAUUGAUGUGGAUGGACUUGUAUUACGAGACACUUUUACAUGGAACUUACACGAGACAUUGAUCACACCAGAACACUUUGCUGAAGUCUUGUGUGAGGAUCUACAGUUUCCUGUUCAACAAUUUGCACCUCAAGUAUCAAGAGCGAUUCGUGAUCAGAUCCAGGAUUAUCAUUUGCCAGCAUUGAGCGUGGUUGAGGACUCGACGGGUGAGAACGACAAAGUGGCUACAGAAGAAUCUAGGCCUGCUCAAGAACUUCGAAUUUUAAUCAAGAUUGACAUAACGGUAGAGAAUGUAUCACUGGUGGACCAGUUUGAAUGGGAUAUCUCAUGUCCUAAUAACGACCCGGAACACUUUGCAGAGGUGCUUGCAGCAGAAUUGGGAUUGGGUGGUGAAUUCAGGACGGCAAUUGCACACUCAAUCCGGGAACAAGUUCAAACGCAUACAAAGUGUCUUAACUUGAUUGGAUACAACUACGACGGAAGCUCAGUCCAUGAUGAAGAUCUUCGAGGCAGCUUUUUGCCAAAAAUUACCAGUAUCUUACGCGAGGAAGAGGCAGUUGAGCAAUUUACGCCCAUACUUGAAAAACUUACUGAACCAGAAAUGGAUAAGCUCGAAAGAGAUCGUGAACGUGAUAAAAGACGGAAGCGUAGACAGACUCGUGGUCGGAGAGGAGUUAUUUUGCCUGAUAGAGAACCAACAAAGACAAAAAGGACAUUAUUGCAUCAAAGACACACACCUGAGACAAUAGAUCCUCUCUUGGACCUUCAGCAAUAUGAUCCAGCUCAGAUUAAUAGACUAGGUCCAACAACGAGGAGAACGACCAUGGCACACGAUCACUUGCCUGUUGGCUUGGCUACUGCACCGGCUUCAUCCCUGGCUGGCCAGGGUUUACCAUCCCAUUACCGCGUAACUCGGAAAUUAAGAGGCUCGGGGUCUGAUCUGUCUGUCCACCACCUAGGAGUACCAGGUUCAGGAGGUAUCAUGCAAUCCUACUCUAGAGAUUCGCUUCAUGGAUCAAAGGAUAAACUCACCGGUGGUAGCCGGGAACAACUUAUACACUCACCAAUGCGAGAGACUACGCCAGUUCAAAGCAGUAAAGAAGGUGAAUAA